CACCGACUUAAAGAGAAAACAGCUGUUUAUAAAAUAGUGGUAAACACAUCGGAAGAUUUUCUUGAGUUAUCGGUGAUCCAGGCGUGCUACAGGUUUCAGCCCGAGAUUGAUCUCAUGUUUAGGGGAAAUCGCGUUGCGUGCAAAUUGCGCGCCGUUGUAAGCCGAGUUCUCGUCGCGAGCCGGCGAUGUGAGUUUUCGCACGAGAUCGAAAAACAUGUGUUUUGAUCCUGACUGCUGAGAAAAAAAUGGCGGACAAAUCGCAACCUCAAGGGCAGCCGCUCGUCAAAAUAGGACACUAUAUCUUGGGAGAAACGCUCGGCGUCGGCACGUUUGGCAAGGUUAAAACGGCAUGUCACCAGUUGACCGGUCACAAAGUGGCUGUGAAAAUUCUCAACCGACAGAAGAUCAAGAAUCUCGAUGUCGUUGGAAAGAUCAGACGUGAAAUACAAAACCUCAAGCUCUUUAGGCACCCACACAUCAUAAAGUUGUAUCAAGUUAUCAGUACCCCUACUGACAUCUUCAUGAUCAUGGAAUAUGUGUCUGGAGGUGAACUUUUUGAUUACAUUGUCAAACAUGGAAAGCUCAAAGAGUCAGAUGCACGUCGGUUCUUCCAACAAAUAAUCUCAGGCGUGGCAUACUGUCACCGUCACAUGGUCGUGCACCGUGACUUGAAGCCUGAAAACCUUCUCCUCGACCAAAAUCUCAAUGUCAAGAUAGCAGAUUUUGGGCUCUCCAACAUGAUGAUGGACGGUGAAUUUCUGAGAACAAGCUGUGGAUCCCCAAAUUACGCUGCACCUGAAGUUAUAUCUGGAAAGCUCUAUGCAGGGCCCGAAGUUGACAUUUGGAGCUGUGGUGUCAUACUCUAUGCUCUUCUCUGUGGAACGCUUCCAUUCGAUGAUGAGCAUGUCCCAACAUUGUUCCGCAAAAUCAAAUCUGGCAUCUUCCCUAUUCCGGAUUACCUCAACAAAUCGGUUGUCAGCCUCCUUAUCCAUUGCCUGCAAGUGGAUCCUAUGAAGCGAGCAACCAUGGAGGACAUCAAAAACCAUGAUUGGUUCAAGAAGGAUUUGCCUGCCUACCUUUUCCCACUACCCAAUGACAAUGAUGCUUCUAUAAUUGACAUGGAUGCUGUGAAGGUUGUUUGUGAGAAGUUUGGCGUGCAAGAGAAAGAGCUGCACAGUGCGCUGCUGAGUGGCAACCCACACGACCAGUUGGCCAUUGCUUACAACCUGGUGGUGGACAACAAACGCAUCGAGGACGAGACGGCCAAGCUGGAGAUCAAGGACUUCUACUUGGCUUCCAGCCCACCGCCCACGGCAGCCCUGCUUGAUCAAAGCCCACAGAGGCCACAUCCAGAGCGGUUGGGGAGUCGACAAAGGAUGCUCAGCGGAGGCAAUGGAGCGGAUCGCAAAGGCACCCCAAUGAAGAGGGCAAAGUGGCAUCUAGGCAUUCGAUCACAGAGCAAGCCACAUGACAUCAUGAACGAAGUCUACCGAGCCAUGAAGGCUCUCGAUUUCGAGUGGAAAGUGGUUAACCCAUUUCAUGUUCGUGCUCGUCGAAAAAACCCCACUAAAGGGCGCCCGGUGAAGAUGAGCCUGCAGCUGUAUCAGGUGGAGUACAAGAGUUUUCUCCUGGAUUUUAAGUCCCUUCCUGCCAACGAAGAGGCUGUGCCACAAGACCCAAGCGUUGCUGAGACAAGCUACAACCAGAUCCACAACACGAUGGAGUUCUUCGAAAUGUGCGCCGCACUCAUCACUCAACUGGCACGCUGAGCAGUCUGCCGCUACAAGUUGGAAUGCCCACAGUUACAGCCCCCUUCACAUUAAAUGUCACCCCAUUAGUGUCGUGUUGGCUAGAUUGGGCUAGUGUGCCAUUUUUGCUGGUGGUGCCGACAGUGUGAGAGGUGCAGCUAACAUUCAAACUAAAUUUCUUUGUGGUGCCAAUGUAGGUCUUAACGUGCUCGAUUGUCGAGAGCCGUUUUCAAGUGCCAUGAAGCACACUUACUUGCCAUGCUCAGAAUGUCAAGCAGGUCAGUUGAGGCAGAUGAGUUAUGUGAAAUAAGGAAGUUUAGUGUAUGGUUGUUGAAGCCCGAUACUUGCUCAUGCAUCUUUUUUUAUUUUUUCGAACCUUUUUUUAGGCAAAACAUACUAUGCAGCACAGAAUGUGUGUCACAUGUAAAUGAGCAGGCUUCUUUUGUGAAUAAAGUCCACUAUUAAGGAGUGGUGGAACAGUCCCUAGAUCUAGCUUUGCAAAUCGAGAAGGCAACGCAUUCAAUGAUUGGUUGCUUUGGUGUAACCAGUGUCCGGAUCACACUCCCGAUUUGCAAAAGUUGGAUCCAUCUCAGUUCUUAUUUUUAAUUUACAGCAGUGAAGAUACUAGUACAUAAACUCAAUGCGCUGCGACACGUCCUGAUGCAGUAGUCGAAAGGUACUCGCUCAUGCAUCUGCUUAUUUUUCUAACACCUUCCUUUUUCACAUCUUUUUAAUGUAAGCACCAACUACACUCCUGCAAAAAAGGCAAGGAAGCCUUAAGUGGCACACUAGCCAAAUCUAGUAUUUCCUAAAUCAACCAUUCUUGGCAAACUGCUUACCUACAGUCUGCAUCAAAAGUUUUGCAGCCGCCGGUGUGCAUGAACUAUUGUGGAAUCAUUUCUAUUGUAGCCCGUGUUGAAUUCUGAACCAAAGCCCCAGAGGUUCUUGAGCAACUAUGCUCCUCCCUCCUUGGUCUCCAUUCACCACAGAUAUCUUGCAUGAGAGGAUAUUUUUGGUGGGGUAUCGCUCCAUCCUUGGAGGCUUUUACAUUGGGCAAGAUUCACUCAUUUGGCAAUCAAAGAGUGCAUUCACGAGGGAGAUUUUGUGCAAAGCUGUGUGGGCUUCGAUCUCUAAAACACUGGGCAUGUUACAGUAGCCUUGAAAUGUUGCUUUGAAACCCUUGACACAUACUGUACUUGAUCGUGCCAUGUUGGACAGGCCGAGAGGAAGAACGUAGGAUCAUGUGUUUCUUUUGCUUUCCAGUGGUCUACUUAGGGAGAAACUAGCCAUCUCUGUAUGGACAAUGGAAUACCUGAAUGUUGCAGGCUGCACAUUUGAAGCCUCUGCUAGAUAUGUUUAGAUGUAAAUUUCACCAUGGGUGCUAGGAGUGAAGCUUGCGUGAAGAUGGAAAACAUCGGUCAUUACAUCUAUGUAUCCUUAUACAUAUAGCCACUUCUAGUAGGCACACAUUUGUUGGCCUUUAAACCUACUUUUUAUGUUAUACUUUGUUAACAGUCUAUCGUUUUGUUAAUAGGGAGUUUCAGCAUGUCCGGUAUUUCGGUAUGCACGAAGGAACCGCGGAGUAUCGGGUUAGCAGAUGAUAGUAGCGACAUAUUGCUACGCUUCUUCUAACUGUACCGACAGACAAGUCUUCUGUGCUCAAAGUGUGUUCCUGCCGAGAACAGGUUCUUAAAGGCAACCUGUUUAAGAUAAUGCCGCUGCCAAAAGAAAUUUACUCAAACAAAUAUGAAACAUGCUUUGUUAUGGCUAUGGUGUGAUAGCGUUGGAACGCUUUUGCCACCAGAGGGCGUCGCCGCCCCAGCCACGUGUGUUUGCGUAUCGAUAACCCGGUAUUCCGUCAGCCUGCUUAAGUUCGCGGACAAGUUAUAACUCUUUGAUAGCUAGCGUGUCUGCUAUUCUUGCUUUACUGCACUGUACAGCUUACAGUGUGUAGUUUGUGUCAAGCUGUGCCCUUUGGUUUUAUGUAGCUCUGUAUUUUGUUAUGCCUGCAUUGAUGCAGAGCAAAUGAUUUUCUGUGUUUGCACAAUCCAGUUACAUCAUGUGCAAGUGUGUAGAGCAGGUUUGAUGAGGUAUGAAAAUGUGUGAAAAUAUUGCGUAUUCGAGACAAAUUUUUGAAGGACCACGGCACAUAUGACAUGUUCCUGUAACACUUGGGAGACUUUUUGGUCUUCACUUAUUUGAUGCAUCGACAGUAUUGAGCAGUGGCCGUAGAGAAUGCGGCGUAUUUGCUGUGGCACAUCACAAUGGUGCAUCAUAGUUGAAAUUAUAACAACAUCGUUUGUGUGCUCAUUUGGGGGAAAAAAAAAAGUCAUUACACUGACUUACCCCUCCUCCCCCCCCCCCAAAUAUUCCAGUGUCUACAAUGGCCCACUCAUGUAGAUCCUAAAUGCAACUACGCUUUGCCACAUGAAUGUGUAAAACAAUCUUCCUGAGAGUUGUUUGUUGCAAGGACCGAAAUUUUAUGUAGAGGAAAAAAAAAUGCUGCAAGACUUUUGUAUACCUUGGGAAUGGUAAAGAUGAAUCUAUUGUUUCUCCUUCUGUAGUCUAAGAUGAGUUAUACUGUACAUACUAUAUUGACAAAUGUGCAUAUCUGUCAAUACAAGAGUGAUGCCAACA